ACAGUGCUUGAAGGCUCAUGACCCUGCUUUAGGCAAACUUAUACCAGGACCCACUUCUGGUUGAGUGUCUAUGUUUUGAGCAAACUUGCGCAGCUCUUAGCAUGCCUUAGCAGUACUUUUCCCCAAUUUUGAAGCAAAUUUUAAACCAUUGAAGGAUUUUUAUUGGACUUUGAUCUGGUUGCUAUGGAUACGUGGCUACUUGAAGCACGACUCAAAUCUGGGUCUUUAGAGAAAGAUAAAGCGGAAGAAAUCAUCAAAAAUGUAUCGGAUUUGAUUAAAAAUUAUUUGUGCAGUGAUUGCAAUCUCAUGUACAAGUCAUUUAAUGUUGGAUUUUUUAGCCCUUUUCACUUCGAAAUCUGGCAUCAGUGUUUUGGUACGGGGCUUCGAAUAUGAUGGCGUGCUCCUGACUCUUGAUAUCAGCACACCUGGUGUCACUAACGGAGCUUUUAAAGCAAAAGUUUCAAAAUUUGAGAAAAAUAUUCGCUUGUUAAGUUUCGUGGAACCGCCGAGAACGAGAUAUUUCCCUUCCAUCCCGAGUUUGAAACGUGGGCGUCCAUUUUCUACGUAUGAUUGCGAGGACGGCUGGCUAUUUGAGUUUGAUUUUGACUCCGUAGUUUUUGACGAGGUCUCGCCGUAUCAACAUAUUAGAAUUAUGAAUUCGAAGCAAUAUGGAAAAUGUCUUUUCCUCGAUAAUAAUUUGAAUUUAUCAGAAAGUGAUCUCGAAUACACUCGAGCUAUCACUGGAUAUGAUAAGGAAGAUUACAAAGAUAAGAAUGUGUUGAUCUUAGGAGGAGGGGACGGGGGAAUACUUCAUUAUCUACGAGAUCGCGGCCCUUCUAUGAUAACAAUGAUUGAUAUCGACCAAAUGGUUAUUGACGCAGCGAAAAUACAUUUGCGAGGAAUUUGCCAUGAUGCUCUUGACUCCCUCAGUGGUGAAAAUUACGAAAUUAUCAUAAGCGAUUGUGUCGUGUACCUUGAAAAAUAUGCGUCAGAGAAAAAAUUUGACUAUGUUAUCAACGACCUUACUGAUAUUCCGAUAGACGUGAACCAGUCCGACGAUCAAAUAGCAUUUUCUCGACAAAUUUUGUCUCUGUCUAUGCAAGUCUUGAAAAAUGACGGGAAAUACUUUUCUCAUGGGAUAGCACUGCCUUCAUCUGUCGCCGUCGUGGAAAAACAAUUUCAAGAUCUGGAAUGUCGCUUGAAAUACACGAAACAAGCUGUAUGUGUGCCGUCAUUCUUCGAGUUCUGGAUGUUUUACACUGUUUGGAAAGACAUCUGAAGAUUUUAGAUAACUUGUUUUCCGGCUAACAAACUGUCACCAAGUUUAACACUAAAAAUGUGAGUUUUCUGAAUU